AUGUCUGUCACUCGCAUGGUGCGAGGCGCUCGUCCAGGGCUCACCAUGUUCACUCGUAGCACCGGGGAAUCGCUUCAAGUUCUUGGGCUUCAACAGCAGCUCGACUUCAAGGCCCUCAACCCCUUGCAGAGCUUGGAGAAAAGGAAGAAACACGUCGUCAAGCUACCUGAUUCACACUCACUGCAUGUGUUUGCACAUCCAAACAUCAUAGAACGCCGACAGUACUUCAAAUAUCCUACAGGAGAGCCGUACGACGAAGGACGAACCUUGAGGCGCACAUGGAAUUUCCAGGUUACUGCCAUCAAUCCUGCCCAGGCACGGAAAGCGCUGCUCAGAUCGCGACCCGAAGACUGGUCAUACCAGGAGGUUGCGACAUCCGUGGGCGACGCAUGCCGAACUUCACGCCCUGUCGACACCAUCGAUGCUUUGAAGCAUGUGCUGGGUCUGGAGGACCACAAUGAGACAUCUUUCUUGCGCCAGAACUUCAAAGACUUGAAAGACCACAGCGAGAUCUUCGCAGACCUUGAGCGCACGCGAUCGAUCUUUGAUGUAUCACUAUUGGACGACGCGGAACAGGUAGUCCAAAUUAUCAUAGACGCUUGGGGAGCGUAUCUGGGUCAACGACAAACUGAUUUCUGCUACUGUACAGCAGUGCUGCGGUCCUGUCGCUCACUUCAAGGUGUUCCUGCUGUCAAGCAAGAUGCAUUGGGUAUCAUCGGAGGCGAGACGGCGCUGCUCUCGCGAGUCCCAGAACUUCUACAGCGUAUCGAGUUCGCUGACGACGAAUUGAAGCAAUUCAUUGACUGGAAGAAGAAGUAUACCAAGCGCCGAAAUGCAUUCCUUCGCGAGAGUCGCAGGAGGGUAUGGCUUUAUUAG